AUGUUAAGAAACUCAGAGUAUGAAUCCAAGGAAGUAUAAGCAACAAAAAGCUCUAAAAUAGGUGGUUUUUCAAUUGAUAAUAAUUUUCUCAAAUUCAGGCAUAUUUAAAUAAUUUUUCUUUGUAUUUUUACCAUAGAUAUGUUUUGUUUAAAAAUUGUAUUUUCCUUCUCUGCUUAGUUACGAAGAAUAGAUAGCUUGUUUCCAGUUUAUCAAUUAAAUCAAUUAUUUUUAAUGUUCAGAAUAAAGUUAGAAAAAAAUUUUAAUAAAUUUAUUGUCAAAAAUUUUAAGAAAUUUUUAUGUUUCUUUAACAAUAUGGCUGUCUGGAUAUUUAAAAUGAUUUACUAACCAAUAUAAAUGUGA